AUGAAUUGGCGCUUUACUCUGAAGGAAUCGACACCUUCAGACUUUAAGCGUCCCAUGGAGCCCCCUAUACCGACUGUGAUGCGCACACCACCAAACCAAUCCCAUAUCGACCCUUUAAAUAUGGUCCAAUUUGAUAACCACUAUCUCCGCUUUGACGCUGAGAAAGCGCGCUGUAUAUGCGAGCGAGGAGAUAAAUGCUGCAUAACAUCCCCUAAGGGCGUGGAGGACGACAUCUCCCUGAUGUACGAAAAGCCGGACGGCCAAUUCUACCUGCUAGCCGGUGCCAUCUUUCUCGCUGCGUUCUGGCGACUGAGCCAUAAAUUCAGCCUCCCCCCUCUCAGAAAUCCACACAACUGGCUCCGUCCCCCAAUUCCAAACAAAGCUCGAAAAGGGCAUGAUGGAUUUCUUCCGGCGCCUAAAACCUCCAACUCCGUGCUGCGUAACAACUAUUUCUUCCAGGUAGACGACGGCCUCGCUUGGUCACGCAGCAUUGGUGACGAGGAUGAUCCGGACGUCAGCUGGAGUAUGGCGAGAAAAGAUGCGGUGAUUGAGCAUCAUUGGUUUCGAUCUGAGAAGCAGUUUUUGCGCCGGUUGCCGAGGACUGGAGCUGUAGUGUUUACUAUUCGCACGUGUAAUUUUGAGCCUGUGGUGGAAAUCGCGAGGGAGCCUGGGGUUCCGGGGAGGUUGGCGUCGGCGGCUAGGAGUUGGGGGGAUGAUGUUGCGAAGUAUAAGGGGCGAGAAAGGUAUGGGGAUGUGCUGUUGGAGUAUUUGGAUGGAAAGCGUAAAGAACAGGUUGAAAAGGGGAUUGUGCGGACGAGGGAAGAAGAGGAGGCGGCGCAAAAGUAUCCGCUUUGA